UUUGCAGCCAACACCGCAGGGUCGAAAACAUAACUGUUAGAACUGUUCGUAGCUCGCUCAAUUAUGUGAUUACGAAAAUAUCUCCGAAAUAUCGAUUGUUACACCGUUCUGUUAGCGACAGAGCGAAUGGGAGCGUCUGCCGUGGUCACACAACGCUCAAACAAUUACGUUGACUAGCAUUGUAUACUUUUAGCCUAGCAGCAAGCUAACCCUGCCAUUCAUUGGAAAGCAUAGUUCAGAUGGUCACUUGGUCGUGCUAAUCAGCAGUUAACAGGGACGGCAAGAACACCACACUCAAAGCAUGGCUUGCCCUCCCAGCAAGCGUCUCCGAGGCCUGAACCAGGACGUCCCAAAGGUUGACCCGUUCGAGGCAGACCCUUUCGGGGACGAGGACGACUUCACUCAGGAUGACCUGGAGGAAAUCGACAUGAUUGCCUCACAGGCCAUCGCCUCGCAAGCCAUCUGCGCAGCGCACGCUUCGGCUUUCGGCUCCAAGGGGGCUGCCAGAACGGGAUCGGAGCUAGGGCACGGGUCGGGAUUUCAUCCAUCUGCCAGGCCGCCCUUGAGAGGAGAGAACUCAGGUGGCUUUGUGGGCAAGAGAGGACAUUUGGGAGCGACCAGUAGAGAGCUUCUUGACAACAGGCCGCAGCAGAUUGCUGCAGGCGGAGAGGAGUCCUACACCCUGCUGGAAGCUCAGCAUGCGAGUCUCAGGAGGAAGCUAAAAGAAGUGGAAGAGGAGAUAGUGUCAAAAAACGGCGAGAUCCGAAUGCUCCGGGACUCGCUGAAAGGAGCCCAACAGGAGAAGGAGACGCAGAGGCAGACAUUAGCCCUGUUGGAGAAGCAAAAGGAGAGGGAACAAAGUGAGAAGGAGAAGGAGCUUAGCAAGAAGGUUCAGUCGCUGCAAUCGGAGCUGCAGUUCAAAGAAGCUGAGAUCAACGAGAUGAAGAGCAAGCUGCUGAGCGCCAACAAGCAUAAAGCCGCAAACAGCCCAAAACUACCCAACGGCCUUUCCCAGCUUCAUUCCUCUAGCAGCUCCGCGUCGCCGAAAGGAAGUGGGUUCAUCACCACGGAGACGUUCGCGGCACAGCUCACGUCUAAAAAUGCGUCGCUCAAAACACGCAGGGACGGUGAGUCACGGUAUUGGUUGCCGGGGCGGGUUGACGUCACGCUGUUAUUAAUCGGAUGUUUUAAUGCAGGAGCUGUUGACAAACAAGAAGUAGCCUUUCCUGAUCCGUUCCGUGGUGGACAACCGCCACAUCGACAGCACCGGGGUGGCGUCCUAUUGGGGUUGCUCCUGCAGCAGCCACUUUUUCCCAGCAGCCUUUGCCUCUCGCACUUGCUGUCAAUGAGUUUGAGUGACGCCUGCUUGACAGCUAGGCAAGACUUGAGUGGGGACGGGGGUCUCGCAGUCCCCCGAGCGAGCCUCAAUCCAGUCCAGAGCCUGGCAGUAACAGGACUCAACAUGCUGAGUCAAAGUCGACCUGGGGCAUCCAAAGCUGUACAAGAACACGGGUGUCCUGGCGCUGUACUUCUUCUCCCACUACUGGACAUGCAUUUAUCCCGCCUCUGCCAAGUUUUAGACGCACAUGACGCGGCGUCUGGGUCUCAGCCAGAAGGGCAAUUCGUCAAAACAGGGAGGCCGGAUGAGGCGGUAGUGAGCGGCGUUAGCCCAGAAGACGCCGGACUGGCAGCGCUGAGGGUCCUUUACCUGCUGAUAGAUCACAGUGAUGAGGUUGUCCAGUCGGUUCUCGCAACAAAAAGCGGAGGCAUGGAAAACCAGACCGGCGCCUUUAACACAAGCGAGCAACUACUUUCCCACAAUGCCUUGCUGCAGUCCGUUUUGCACCUCUGCCGUUCCACCCGAGCUGAAAAAGAGUCAGAGAUCGUCAUCGACGCGGUGAAGGCCGUUAGCGUUCUGAUUGAGAGGACGCCAGACACGCAUGUUGACCAACUGCCACCCAUUUUGCGGGCGUUGUGCGAGUGCGUGUCGGCCCACGACGAGCCGUGUUUGCUAUCCAAAUGCGCCGCCGCGUUAGCUUGCACGUGUGACCACACCACGCUAACUCGACAACUCUGCUCACAGCACGAACCCUGCGUCAUAUUAAAGCUGCUGCAGCAGGUGCGAAACAGAACCGGCAAGCGGGCGUCGCACGAUGAACUCAUUCUGCUGGAUCUGCAGGUUGUUCGAUUGUUGAACCGUCUCGCGCAGACAGAAGAGAACUGGCAGAGUAGUAGCUGCCCAUGUUACACUGAGGUGGUUCAGACGACAGUGAUCCUCCUCCACCGUCAAUGGUUGGGGCUCCGCGACUCUCCCACGGCGACGGAAACGUCGCCCGAUGCCGACCCCUCGCGGUCGUUGCUCAGGGAGUGCGUGCUCCUACUACACCGGCUUCUUCACCAUCAUGCCGGAUUCUCGGCCAGCUGCCGGCCCUUGCUGCACAUGUACGACCAGGUUAUCCCGGCGUUGAAGGACACCCUCAGGAAGAUCCCCGACCUGAACGAAAGCGAAGAACUGGCCUUGGAGGAAAUCUGCCGUCCAGAAAGCGACGACAACGAUGACAUGGACACCGAUUCUGGCUCCUGAUUGGUCCAGCGCCUUCCAAAACUUUUGUUUGGGAAAAAGUCCAAGUUGAGCAAGUAAACUUAACUAGGCUAAAAAAAACUGCUUUAAUAAACAGGAUUCUACAAGUCUUUUGAUUUUGUUCAUAUUUCAAAAUAGCAUUGAUAGGCCAAACUACUGGUACUUCUUAAAGAAAAAAAUAAGUUUUUUGGUGCCUUAGAUUGUAGGUGUG